GCCCCACCUCAUCAAUAACACAAACAGGUAGUGAUCAUCAGCGCGGGCCCGUACUGACGAUCAGUAUCUGAUCUGUUUUGAUCUGAUCAAUGGAGUCAAAUGAAGAGAGUCCGAGCGCUCGAACAGCCGCUCAGAGACGCGCGGAGAUCCGCCGGAGAAAAUUACUGAUGAAUUCAGAGGACAGAAUUAACAAGAUCGUGGGAUUCAGCAAGGCUGAUGCAGACGGCAGCUCAGCAAGAAGUGUGAUAGAGCCCCGCUUUCAUUUGGAUCUGGUCCGAAAUGAGCCCUGGUCUUCAUCUGCCUCCUCAAAGAGACUCUCACCGCACGUGACCGAGACCGCCGUGAACAGCAGCGAGACAUCGGAGAGAAACGGCAGCAGUGAUGCGGUUGGAGAGGAUGACGUGUCUCCAUUGAGACCGAGACCUCACGGGGAGCUGUUGGGGGACGAACUCACUCGCUCCCCUCGCAGAGGUUUGCACAAAUACCUGUCUCGCUUCGAUGAUGCGAUGAAGCUGAGAGGACAUUUGGCCAUUGAGAAAGCGGCUCAAGAAAGCAGUGUAGAAUCAGAGGAGUUCGACUCAUUCUGCCUCUUCAGACUGCUCGGAUCUGUUGCUUUGGCCAUCUUUGUGCGCAUCUUUGUUUGCCAGUAUUUGUCCAUAUUUGCACCGUUCCUCACUCUUGAACUGGGAUUCAUGGGACUGAACAAAUAUUUUCCAAAGAUGAACGUGGUACCUUCAGGUGUUUGGAAAUUGCUUCCAAGGAUGAACCAGACUUGUGGAGGUCCACAAUCUUUUUCUGAGGUCUUGGCUGAUUUCUUUAGAUUUUUCAAUGAUGUCAAGCAAAGAGACACUGAGUUUGAAGGUAGAGAAGAAAACACAGACGACGAUGUUGACCGCCGCUCUGCUGCUAUCUGGCAUUCCUGCUGAAGUAAUCAACAGAUCGAUGGAUACGUACAGGAGAAUGAGUGAUGUGUUCUCUGACCUCUGUGUCUAUUUCUUCACCUUUGUCAUAUGUCACGAGCUGCUGAUGCUCUUUGAUUCACAGAUGUCCUGAUGAAUCGACUGCAUACUCUCUCUCAUAUCAGCUAGUUUAAUGCGACCUUACAGACCCGCAGUUCACCCACCAUGUUUAUAAACUGCUGUUAUCGUCUGAUGGAGUAAACAGCAGAGUAAAUAAACUUGAGAUUGUGAUUUACUUGUUACAUGUGGCCAUGAAACCUGUGAAAAUGAUUGGUCAAUUCUUAUAGUUGCUAUUUCUGGCAGUCCAUUAUUUUAUUUUGUUUGAAGUCUUCCUCUGCAUUUUGUGUCUCUGCCUGUGUUGCAAUAGUUUUUAACAGAUUCAGCUUGUAAGAGUUUGUGUUGACCACUCUGUGAAACUAGUGAAGUUCUUGACAAGCUAAGAUCAAACUUGUGUUUUUGCUCUCUGUCCAAAAUGUAUGCAGUUUCGCGCAACAAUACCAGCCAAAGACAUUAAUGAACUGAUAAAAACCAACUUAUGGAAACCAGAAUUCGCCCAUCUGACGGUAUUUACAAAUGGGCAACAUUCACAAAAAUUGUCUAGGUCAUAUUCUACCCCAAAAUCAUAAGAACAUUUUUUAAGUGACCUUCCUCGAUUAUCAGUAGCCCACUGUAAUGCGAAAAAAAUUCAUGCUAGAUUAUUUGAUUGUAAAGUACAGUUGUAAGUAUAAGGAUACAUUAUGGUAGCAUUUGUUGCACUGAAUUGAACUGAUGCUGAUUUAUUGCAGACAAAAUACAUUGUGUCUGGACAGGAUGGUUUUUAUUACUCUAUUAGAGUGCAAAAAAUCUUAAUGGUCUCUCAAAAUAUUAUUAUUAUUUUCUUUUUUGGUAAAAUGUGACCCGGACACGUUCUUCGUAAGAUUUACCCUAAUAACCAUUGAUAACAAAUGUUCUUGAUAACACUUGGUAACACAGAAUGUCUUCUGAUAAUGGAUAUUGACAGAAAGGAAAAAAGCAUAAAACAUGAUUAUCAAAAUCAUUGGAUUUGCAGUCUUGCAGCAUUGUGUUGUGCAGAUUUGAUAAAAUAUCACAAUCAUGUUUAUUUCAUACUGGUACUGUGUUAGUAUUAUACAGUGUAUCUGCUCAUGUGUACAGUGUUUAAAAAAUGAGCAAUAAGCUCUUGCUUAUGUGCAUGUUAUUUGAUCUGUUGAUUUUUCUAUUUAAGUUAGUGUUAUUACAAUUAAAUGAUUGUAUAAUUUUGGGAAGGGGGAUUAGCUUUAUUAUUUGUAACUUAAUACUAAAAUUGUCCUCCUUAAGCAGAUUGGUUCUGAUCAUGUUUACAUAACCAAGUGAAGCAGAAUAUAUUACUCUUUUAACACUAAUAUGUUUUUUUUUUUCUUUUUCACCCAAUUUGGAAUGCCCAAUUCCCAACACUAAUAUGUGUUGAGUUCUGAACACUUAUAAGACAAUGCUGCCUGUGAUUUGUAAAAUUAUAUUUGAAUAUAUACUGGAUCAGAACCUACUGCUGAAACAAUAAACAUUAAUGUGUCAUUA